AAUAAUUUAUUUUAUUUCUACUAAAUUAUUUCUAAUUAUAUGAUUUCUCUGUUUUAUUCGGCCUUGGUGCUCAAGCCAAUUGAGUUUGUAAUGGAAUAGAAAAUUGUUUCAUUCAUUCUUUUGUUCUGAAUUGGCUAGAAGUUCCUUUAUUUAAUUUUUUUUUUUUCUAAAAAAGAGUAAGGGACUGCACAAUUCGAGGAUACAAAGCGCCUUUUUGCCAAAUGGGAAUGAUGUGCAGGGGAACUUGAUGCUGAAGUUAUGUUUGUUCAAAUGUCUAAAAGAAAAUAUGACUAUUUUCUGUACAGGGACUAUGCUAAUUCGGAUAUGCAAUGAAAGGGAAUUGUGGUGAAACUGCUCUGGACUUUAAUAAUGGAUCGCAUAGUCUCCAUUUCAUCAGUCAACUAGUAUUUUAGUAGCCUAAGCGCCAAGCAUUCAUCCAUGUGCAGCAGCUGUCAAUAUCAAGAAAUUAGUAGCACUUUUAAGAUUCUUCAAGGACCGGAUCAAAUAAGAAAAAAAAAUCAUUGAAAGUUGAGGAGCUUUUGAUCACAAGGGGAAAUUAAUUUUUGAAAAAUUAUCAGAGGAUGAUUGUUGACUUUUGGCAUUUGUGGUAAAAGGCGACAUUUUGAUCGACAACCUCCCGAAGAAGCAAUGAAAUUUCGUGAUCAUUUUGACACACCAACUCAGUAUCCAUCAACUUCUCCAUGGCAUCUGCUUUCUCUGCUUCUGCCUCCACUCAAAAUUGCAAGUAUGAUGUUUUCUUGAGCUUCAGAGGUGCAGACACUCGAAACAAUUUUAUUAGCCAUCUCCAUUCUGCUUUGGGCAGAAAAUCAAUCAGAACUUUUAUUGAUGAUGAACUUAGAAGAGGAGAAGAAAUCACAUCAACACUAAUGAGAAUUAUUGAAGAGUCAAAAUCUUCAGUUAUCAUUUUCUCAAAAAACUAUGCAUCUUCAACUUAUUGCUUGGAUGAACUUGAAAAGAUAAUGGAAUGUCAUGAGUGCUAUGGACAAAUAGUUAUACCUAUAUUUUUCCAUGUAAAUCCAUCAGAUGUAUUAGAGCCAGAAACUGGAAUCUUUGCAGUAGCACUUCGUAGGCAUGAAAAUGAGGCCAAGAAGAAGUUAGACACAGUGCAAGGGUGGAAGACUUCCUUGAUUAAAGCGGCCAAUUUAAUCUCGCCCAGUUUUCGAGUUAUUAGAGAUGCUAGAACUGAGAAAGAUUUCAGGGAGAAAUUAGACAAGGUGAAAAGGUGGAAAAUUGCCUUGACCAAAGUAGCCAAUCUAGCUGGGCAUGAUUCGCACAUAAUUAGGCAGGAGUCUGAACUUGUCGACAAAAUUGUCAAUGAUGUUUGGAAAAGAGUCAAACAAGUAUCACCAAGUGUUUCAGACUCAUUAGUGGGGAUAGAUUCACAAGUUGAGCACAUCAAAGCACUGUUACUCAUUGGGUUUUCUGAUGUUCGCAUUCUAGGAAUUUGGGGUAUGGGUGGUAUAGGUAAGACAACUGUUGCUGGAGCUGUUUUUAAGCAAAUCGCAUGCCAAUUUGAAGGAUGCUGCUUUCUUGCAAAUAUUGGGAAAGAAUCAGAAAAAAGUGGGGGAUUGACUCGUUUAGGAGAGGAGCUUCUUUCAAAAGUUCUACAGGAAAGAGAAGUCAGAAUAAAUACACCUGAUAUCGAAUCUUCUUAUUUUAAGGAUAUGCUCCAUCGUAAAAAGGUUCUAAUUGUUCUUGAUGAUGUGAAUAAUACAGAACAACUGGAAUUUUUGGCUGGAGAUCAUUGUUGGUUUGGUACAGGAAGUAGAAUUAUCAUAACAAGUAGAGAUAAGCAAGUGCUCAGAAAAAGGGUUGACGUCAUGUAUGAAGUUAAGGAAUUAAAUUAUAGUGAAGCUCUUCAUCUUUUUAGCAGGAAUGCCUUCAAGCAAAGCAAUCCCUUGGAUGAUUUUGUGUUCCUGUCAAAUUUGGUGGUCAGAUAUGCUAGAGGUAAUCCUUUAGCACUAAAAGUUUUGGGUUCCAUGUUAUUCGAUAAGAGCAAAAUAGAAUGGGAAAGUGCACUAAAGAAACUAGAAAAAGGUCCUCAAAUGAAUAUUCAACAUGUGUUGAAACUUUCUUAUGAUAAUCUGGAUGAGGAAGAGCAGCAUAUCUUUCUUCAUAUUGCAUGUUUGUUUGAAGGUGAGGAUAGAGACAGUGUGGUACGGGCACUAGAUGGCUGUGGCUUCUCUACAGAUAUUGGAAUAGGUACCCUUGUAGAUAAGUCUCUUGUAACUAUUAAAAACAAUAAACUAAAAAUGCAUGAUUUAUUACGAGAAGUGGGUAGGGAAAUUGUUCGACGAGAAUCCAAGAGGCCAAGCGAGCGCAGCAGGUUAUGGAAUCAUGAUGACAUCUACAAAGUAUUUGAGGAAAAUAAUGGAACUGAAGCAAUUGAAGGCAUAAUACUAGAUACGUCUAGAAUACAAAAGUUAGAAUUAAAUCCAAAUGCCUUUGCAAGGAUGUCUAAUCUUAAAUUUCUCAUAUUCCGCAUGUCUAGUAAUCAUGGCGACUUUGAAGAAGAGUGUAAACUGCAACUUCCUACAGGUCUGGAUUCUCUUCCUCGUGAGCUGCGGUAUCUUUAUUGGGAUGGAUACCCAUUAGCAUCUCUUCCUGCCAAUUUACCGACGAACCUUGUUGAGCUGAACUUGCCUUGUAGCAAAGUUGAAAUGCCAUGGGAAGGGGCAAAGGUUCCCUCAACAAUCAGCCAACUUAACAAGCUAACUGUCAUGAGUCUGAAGCACAGCAAAAACAUUAGCAGCCUUCCAACUAAUGUGGAUCUGCCAUCCCUUAAGACUCUUGAUCUUUAUGGCUGCUCAAAUCUCAAUAAAUUUCCUGAGGUUUCAAGAAAUGUUAGAUACCUAUAUUUAAAUGAGACUGCAAUAGAAGAAGUGCCCCUGUCAAUUGAGUGCCUCAGCAAACUUGUAAUAUUGAAUAUGAAAAGCUGCACAAAGCUUAAGUGUCUUCCAAGCACCAUUUGCAAGUUGAAGUCCCUUGAAAUUUUUAUUCUAUCUGGCUGCACAAGUCUAGAUACUUUUCCUGAAAUCUUAGAGACCAUGGAUCAUUUGCAGCACCUUGAUUUAGAUGAAACACCUAUUGUUAACCUUUCAGAAAGCAUCUGCAAUUUGAAAGCUCUUCAAGUGCUGGACCUCUCUGAUUGUUCAAAACUUGAAAAUCUACCAAAGAACAUUAAGAAUCUGCAUUUUUUGGAGGAGCUUAGAGCAAGAGGGUGCAAUCUAUUAAAAUUACCUGCUGAAUUAAAGUACUUAUCUUCUAUAGUAGAGCUGAAUCUAAGUGGGAACAGUUUUGAUCGAAUAUCUGCAGACAUUGAACACCUUUCUAAACUGAGAUGGCUUAAUGUGAGUAGCUGCAAGCAGCUUCAAUCUUUACCAGAGCUACCACCUCGAAUAAAGUAUGUGAAUGCACGUGAUUGUGUAUCAUUGGAAUCAAUAUCUGGUCUUAAGCAACUAUUUGAGCAGGGGUACAGCAAUUCAUUGACUGAUGAGACUUUUGUAUUUACAAAUUGCUACAAAUUGGAUCAUGAAAAAUGGGGAGAUAUUGUAGCAAGAGCGCAGCUGAAAAUUCAGCAUUUUGCAAUGGGAGGUAAAUGUUACAAUCGUGAGCUCUAUCCUGCAUCUUCUGUUUGCUUCACCUAUCCUGCUUCUGAAAUUCCAGAGUGGUUCACAGGAAAAAGUAUUGGAAAUUCUGUCACUAUUCAGCAUUUGCCACCCCAUUGGCUAAAUGAUAGGUUCCUGGGUUUUGCUGUAUGCGUAAUUGUUGCAUUUGAUGAUCAUUUUAUUUGUGAUUUCCCCCGUGGAGUUAUUUCCUGCAAAUGCAAUUUUGAGAACAAUUAUGCUGGGGAUAGUUCUCAUAUUUUCACUCUAGAAAGUUGGAAAUAUUUCCCAGCUAGAUCCAAUGGAUCAAAGCAUGUCUUCCUGUGGUAUGAUUGUCGCUGGUAUGAUACAAUUGUCGCGAAAAGUGAUUGGCUUAAUGAAUGUUGGUGCAAUAAAGUGUCAUUUGAAUUCUCUGCUGAAAUUCUUGAUUGCUACAUUGGUGCAAAUGUUCAAGAGGAAGGAAACGCAAAUUGUCCUCAGGUGGAAAAGUGUGGAGUCCAUCCACUAUACUACAAAGAUGAGUAGAAGAGAAGUAGCUGCUUCAGGAAGACAUGAAAAGAAAAUUGGAAGGCUUUCCCUGUAGAAUGGAGAAAUAAAAUCAUGGUUCAAUGUAUUUUACUCCUGCAAGUGCAUAUUGGAUGACUUUGCUUUAUUCUGCUUAGCAUUUAGCUACCAUGGAUUUUCUUCCAUAAUUGGGUUGAAUUCAUAUAUGCUAUCAUAUUAUUAACCAAUUUCUGCUCUUCAUAGUUUUAAUUUGUACUUCAAUCCUGCAACUGCCAUACGAUGUAAAAAAAAAAUUCUGGCUUAUAUUUAGUUUACUUGCUAAUUUUGGAAGAACAAAUUCACCUUUUGGAUAGGCUUAAACACAUUAUUUGUUCAGUAAUGAUUUCAUGUGAGCAAUUUAAAAUUCAUAGUCCAAAGAAUAAAUAAAUUCUGUGCCAAUAGUUUGAUCGGUUUUC